AGUGCUGCAACAGUAUUAAUAUGUUUCGAAAUAACUUUAGGAAAUUGUCACUGCGUGAUCAUUGCCGUCGGUUAUAUGCAGAUUUUCGAUAUGCCCAGCAAUGCAAUAUCCAGUCAGCGAUGGUUAUAAAAGUGGGAACGUUUGAAAUUGAACUCUUAGUUUUGUGAAAGAUUCGGGUCGGAAAUGAGCUAACGAGCUCUACUGUCGCACAAUGAUCGGAAAAGUUUUAAUUAUUGCUCUGUUCACGGUACAAUCGACGCGUAGUGACGUUUUCACUAGCAAAAGUAUCACUCGAGCAUUGGUUCCCCCUCGAAAGGAUUCCGAGUACAAGAAUGGGUACUCUACCACACUUCUGCCAGAAGUUAUCAUAAAUCGUCAACCGACACGAACUACAAUAACUCCACAGCGAGACUUCCAAGGAUAUUUCUACAAUCCACCAACUAAUGAGUAUAUACCACCGGAGCCACCUUUUGCGGAUGAACCGCAGCCACCAGCACAGAGACCUCCUCUCUCGGACGAAUACCCAUCGGUGGAUAACCAAUACCUGCCUCCAGAAGAAGAUUCUGGAACCCCGGAUGAUACUCAAUUCGCCGAUCCACCAGUCAAUGACUACUUGCCACCACCACAGUUACCUCCGCAACGUGAUGAAAUCAUCAUUGUUACAACCGAGUCUGGUUACCAGUACAAUCCUCCGAGUUCACCAAUACCUCCAUUUGCGGAUGAAGGUUUCUCCAAUCCGUCAACGGAUACCGGGUACAACUACGACCGGCCUGCUAAUGCUUACAUCCCGCCACUCGGAAGAGCAUUGCGAGAUGAAGUUCCGGGCGGUUCUCGACCUAUAAGACUGCAGCUGAACGAUCUGACCUGUCUGGACAACAUUGGGGGUUUCUUCAGAUCGUCCCUCACCAUACAAAGUGCUAUUGAAAGUGUUCCUCUUGUAGACGUUACUAGUGACAGUGACCUAAACGGUUGUGAUGUUCGGGUAGCCCAAAAUAGACUCCUGGUGGACAUUGAAUCGAACAAUUUCGCAAGAUGCGGCGUUCAACAGUGCGGUGUCAAUUCCCGGGAAUUGUGCUUACGGUUAAGAUUUCCUCAAAUUGCGGGAAUGCGUACGGCCGCCGAUUCAAUUCUCACCCUACAGUGCAAAAUACAGCAACGUGUCGUAGCGAAAACGCAUUCCGUUCGACUUGGUGUGAACAAUGAUGUGCAGGAACGAAGCGCAUCCGGAACGUUUGCGUACGGAGGAACCCAGCGGCCCUUUCGUACACAGCUGGGGCUUUUCCGAAGAUCUGACAACGGGAACGGAUUCACCCGAGCACUCGAACCAGGUGGCUCGGUAGUUUUAGGAGAGGAACUGAUGCUGCGUACGCAAGUCCGUAGCGGAGAUGGUUGGAACUUCACGCGGCUGUCCGAAGUCGUUAUGCAGCGACAGACUUCAGCCGGAAGUGUGCUCAACUCGGCAACCGUUGUGACGACGAAUGGCUGUCUGAAUCCUACGAUGAGAGCAAUCAGCUCAGUGGCACCUGUGGCGGAAUCGCCACUCAGCUAUAGGUUGAACUUCCGGGCUGCGAUGUUCCAGGGAAUGCGAAGCGGUGACGAAAUGGUUAUGCGAGUACGAAUAGUGGGCUGCGUUGAUCGGAGGGAGUGCGCUGUGGAAAAUUGCGCAACAGUGCGUUCUAAACGCGAUACCGCCGACAACUCAACCGAAGAUACAUCCGACCAGGACGAGCUCCCCUCCGAGGUGUCAACGAUUUCGUUCCGAAUCAUGCUGCCGUCGAAUUCCACCAUCGACCUUCGGCCUGGCGCCGAAUCGACUCGAUCGUUUCUCACGCUCUCGGUGGCAGUGAUCAUUUCGGUGGUAAUGCUAGUAGCGCUAAUCGUGCUGAUUACCGUCAUAAAGCUAUACCGAACCAAACAGCUGCACUACGAUGAGUACCGAUCGGAUUAAGUGCAACGAAAGACAUCACCGCGGGGUCGGCUCUAUUUCCCCAUGUUCCGAACGAUUGCGAACGUGAUUAGCUAACUAGCCGGCUAUUGCCGGCGCACGUUGCAGUAGCUAUUAGCACAUGCCGCUUAAUGGGGAGCGUUCAUAUAGGACGUAGCCUUUUGAAGGAGGGUGUUACUGAAUUUAACACGAAUUAUAUAUUAGAUAGGUAUAGGAAAUCAAAACCGGUAAAAGAAAGGUAUCGAAGGUUAUUCAAGUAACCGCCAAUUCACAGUAGUAUAUGUUUGA